AUGUCGAAAUCCUUCACAACCGCCGAGGUGGCCCAGCACAACACGGCCGACAAUGGCAUCUACAUCAUCAUAGACUCGAGCGUAUACGACGUGACACAAUUUGCAGAUGAGCAUCCUGGCGGCGCGAAGAUCCUAAAACGGGUUGGGGGCAAGGAUGCGUCGAAGCAGUUUUGGAAGUAUCACAACGAGUCCGUGCUGAAGAAGUACGGCGGCAAACUGAAAAUUGGCGAGGUCAAGGAGGCCGCGAAACUAUAA